AUGCUUCCAACAAUCGUUCAAGCGGGACACAGAUUAAAAGAUAUCUGGAUUAAACAAAUCGGUAAUAAGAAAGAGGAACGAAUUACAGUUACAGAAUUAAUUCCAAAGACAACUUUAGAUAUUAUUGGUCUUGUUGCUCAAGCAUAUGAUUCAAUAAUUAAUAACAAUCCUUCGCCUUUAUACGUGGCUCUUCUUAAUUACUUUCCGUUAAUCGGAAAUUUUCCAACAUCUUAUAAUAAAAAACAGUAUGAUUCUAUUAAUAUUAUUAAUAACACUUCUGAGAGACUAAUUGCAGAACAAAGAAGUAGUCUUGUUCGAGGAAAAGAUUUAUUGUCAUUGUUGGUAAAAGCAAAUGAAAAUUUGCCUGUUGAUGAACAAUUAACGCAUAAUGAAUUAAUUGGUCAGGAUCGUCUUCGUAAAGAAGUUCUUGAAAUACUUAUUGACCGUGAUCAUUAUCCAACUUUUGAUGAAAUUGAACAUAUGAAAUAUUUAGAAUGUGUCUUUAAAGAAACUUUAAGGAUUAUUCCACCUGGUAUAAAUACUUCAUUAUGGAUUCCUAUUUAUGCAAUCCAUCGUAAUCCUUUAAUUUGGGGUGAAGACGCUGAACAUUUUAACCCAUCUCGGUGGCUUGAUCCAGAAAUAAAAUCAAAAAUAACUAAUAAUACUUUCUUACCUUUUGGUGCUGGUCCGAAAAAUUGUUUGGGAAUGAAAAUGGCUCAUUUAGAAAUUAAAUCCAUUUUAUCUAUACUUAUUAGAAAUUUUGAGUUUAGGUUAGUUGAGGGUUUUGCUGUUAAAAAUAAAUCAGCAGGUUUAUCUAAACCUGUCUCUGGAAUUGAUUUAUUGGUUUCAAAAGUAGAUUUUUAA